CGACGGAGCUUGAUCGACGAGAGAGCGAGCGCGAUGGGGAGGAGGGCGUGCUGCGCGAAGGAAGGCGUUAAGAGAGGGGCGUGGACGAGCAAGGAGGACGAUGCCUUGGCCGCCUACGUCAAGGCCCAUGGCGAAGGCAAAUGGAGGGAAGUGCCCCAGAAAGCCGGUUUGCGUCGGUGCGGCAAGAGCUGCCGGCUGCGGUGGCUGAACUACCUCCGGCCCAACAUCAGGCGCGGCAACAUCUCCUACGACGAGGAGGAUCUCAUGAUCAUCCGCCUCCACAGGCUCCUCGGCAACAGGUGGUCGCUGAUUGCAGGCAGGCUGCCUGGCCGAACAGACAAUGAAAUCAAGAACUACUGGAACAGCACGCUGGGCCGGAGGGCAGGCGCCGGCGCCGGCGCUGGCGGCAGCAGGGUCGUCAUCGCGCCGGACACCGGCUCGCACGCCACCCCGGCCGCGACGUCGGGCAGCGGCGAGACCGGCCAGAAGGGCGCCGCUCCUCGCGCGGACCCUGACUCAGCCGGGACGACGACGACCUCGGCGGCGGCGGUGUGGGCGCCCAAGGCCGUGCGGUGCACGGGCGGACUCUUCUUCUUCCACCGGGACACGACGCCGGCGCACGCGGGCGAGACGGCGACGCCAAUGGCCGGAGGAGGAUUAGGAGGAGAAGCAGGGUCGUCGGAAGAUUGCAGCUCAGCGGCGUCGGUAUCGCCUCUCGUCGGAAGCCAGGACGAGCCGUGCUUCUCCGGCGACGGUGACUGCGACUGGAUGGACGACGUGAGGGCCCUGGCGUCGUUUCUCGAGUCCGACGAGGACUGGCUCCGCUGUCAGACGGCCGGGCAGCUUGCGUAGACAACAAGUACACGUACGGAGAGGAGAAUAUUUACAGUCAUGCGUAUGUAUAGAUUUUUUCAUCUGAUCCCAACAGAAAUACGUAUGAAAGUACUCUUAGUUCUUUUUUA